AUGGGUCUCUUCGAUUUCUUCAACAACGACGAUUCAGGUAACCAAGAGGUUUACAACAUUGACCCUAACAAUGAGGAACACAAAUCCAAGCUCUCCCACGAGUUGAUCGGUGGUGCUGCUGGAUUCGAAGCUAUGAAAGCUUAUGAGAACCACUUGCAAAGUGAGGGUAAACCAGCCAACCACGCCUUGGCCAAGGAACUCAUUGCAGGUUUCGCAGCCGCUGAGGUUGAUAAACUCUUCGAAACUAAAGGUCUCGAUGCUUACGACCGAGAAGAAGCCAAGAGACACGCUAAACAACAAGCUGUCGAGGCGCUCAAUCAAUCUGGAGAAUACUAG